CCAUCUGUCCCCACCACCAAGGCCAUGCUGUCUUCAGGGACCAUCUGCAGUCUGCUACUCCUCAGCAUCUUCUGGGUGGAUGUGGCCAUGGCAGGCUCCAGCUUCCUGAGCCCAGAACACCAGAAAGCCCAGCAGAAAAAGGAAUCCAAGAAGCCACCAGCUAAACUACAGCCACGAGCUCUGGAAGGCUGGCUCCACCCAGAGGGCAGAGGACAGGCAGAAGGGGCAGAGGAUGAGCUGGAAAUCAGGUUCAAUGCUCCCUUCGACGUUGGCAUCAAGCUGUCAGGAGCUCAGUACCAGCAACAUGGCCAGGCCCUGGGGAAGUUUCUUCAGGACAUCCUCUGGGAAGAGGUCAAAGAGGUACCAGCUGACAAGUGACCAGUGACAGGACUGGCCCACUGUGCUUUCCCCCUAAGAACUCAUAUCCGGUCUUAGCCUCCUCUGCAACUCCCAGAUUCUCCUACUGCCUUAAUAA